AUGGUUUUUUCGAAACUGGAUUUGCGUGCGGGGUAUCAUCAAAUACGUACGAAAGAGGAAGACAUUGCGAAGACUGCUUUCAGGACAGUGGAAGGGCACUAUGAGUUCCUUGUAAUGCCAUUUGGGCUUACAAACGCCCCAGCCACUUUCCAAUCCUUGAUGAACACAAUCUUCAAGAAGUACCUCCGGAAGUUUGUCUUAGUCUUCUUUGACGAUGUGUUGGUCUAUAGCAGAACAAUGGAAGAACAUGAGGAACAUUUGCGAGUGGUGUUACAGAUAUUGGAUCAACAGAAGUUACUAGCAAACAAGAAGAAGUGCUCGUUUGGUUUAUCCCAAGUAGAGUAUCUCGGCCACAUAAUUUCAAAGGAUGGUGUUGCUACAGACUCAGCGAAAACUAAGACUAUGAAGGAAUGGCCCAUUCCGAGAUCAGUUAAACAGCUUCGCGGGUUUUUGGGGUUGACAGGUUAUUACCGACAAUAUGUUAAGAGUUAUGAAACAAUAGCCAGGCCGCUAACAGACUUAUUGAAGAAGGAUAAUUUUGAAUGGUCGGCGCCAACUCAAGAGGCGUUUGAAAGGCUCAAACAAGCAAUGGCGGAAGCUCCUGUGCUCGCAUUACCAGAUUUCAACAAGCCCUUUAUCAUUGAAUCAGACGCUUCAGGGUUUGGAGUAGGAGCAGUUCUGAUGCAGGAUCGUCGUCCUAUUGCUUACUUCAGUCACGGGUUAACAGCAAGAGAAUAA